AUGAACCACACUGUCCACACCGUCUUCACUCCCACCAACACCGACCGUCCCCUCAGCUACGAGAUGAUCACGGAAGAGCAUGAGGUGGCUGCACUAGAGGCGCUACAUAGCCCGGCUCCCCUGACAUCCACCGUGAGCCACAUCUGCAGUGAGACCUCCACGUCCGACCACGUCAUCGGGUCCCCAUUCAACACCCUCUUCAUGAACUCCCGCUGCCUGGACUUCAGAGCGUUCACCUACUCCGUGAAGUCUAGGGACAGUAAGAUGGUUGGCGACCUGACCAGGGCCCAGGCCUAUGCCUCCACCGCCAAGUACCUGAACAUCUGGGCUCUGAUUUUGGGCAUCAUCAUGGCCAUUCUGCUGAUCAUCAUCCCAGUAUUGAUCUUGCAAGUCUGUGGACAGAUCAAGAGGCAUCAUCCCGGUCGGGAGCUCUGCCCACACUCGGACUCAAUUAGGGUCGCAAAUGAUCCUUUUGGAAGCCAGGUGACUUCAGUCGUAGCUUCCAUCGCCCUAAGGCAGGACAGCCGAGUUACCAGCGAUGGGUCGGAGAGCACCACUCGAGUUUUGGAGGAUAGCCUGGGAGGGGUCAGAGCGCUGAGUCCCUGUAAAAGAAUUUCCUUCCAUUCUCCUCAUGGGAUGGACGGUCGGCGGCUGUAA